AUGGUGAAGCGAAAAUUUGAAGACGAGGACCAGACCUUGCGAGAGGGCCAGAGCGGCUUUGCUACUAUGAACAACAACUCGUACUGGAAACAAGAGGGCGAGAGUGAGAACGGCACUCUGGAGGACGACGGAGUGGAUGUGACCAAGGUGGCCCAGGCCGCCCAGGCUGCCGGAGCUGUUGAGGCCGAUGCUGACGCCGACGAGUCCACCGAUUCGGCCAACAUGGCUGCCGUGGUUGCUGCCGCUACUGCUGCCACUGCUGCCGCUCAGGCUGGAGGAGCCGAGCCCGAGGAGCCCCAGCAGGUGGUUCAGACCGGAGAGGCCGAGGUGGACGCCUCCCUGCUGCCUCUGAGGGUCAAUAACCGAGGCCGGCCUCUGCAGACCACCAAGAGAGCGGCCCAGAACCGAGCUGCCCAGAGAGCGUUCCGGCAGCGAAAGGAGCAGUACAUCAAGGAGCUGGAGUCCGAGGUCAAGGAGUCCAAGGAGUCGCUGGACGAACUGGAAAAGAACUACCAUCAACUGCGGGAGUACGCCAUUAAGCUGUCCUACCGGCUGAGCAAGGAUGGUGACCUUCCCGAGCCUCCGGCUUGUAUUGCCAAUGAUGUGGCUCAGUCGUCGUAG